AUGCGAGCUCUGCUACCCGGCCGACCCCCGGCGAAGCUCCAAGCCCUGAGCAUCGCGCUGUGGAGCAAUAUUCGCAUUGUUUCCUACAUCACCGGCCAUGCUCUAGUUAUCCUCAGUGGACCGCACAAGCUUUUACAGACCAUCUAUCUCGAUGACGCAGAACCGUCUGACUCUGUCUUGAUCGACGAAGCUUCUGGAAGAAUUGCGGUCGCUGGGGGGCCGGAUAUUUCUGUCUUUAAGCCUUGUUGUGUUGGCGAUAAUACUUGGAAAUGGAGCCUAUGCCACAAACUUCGCGCCCCGAACGAUGAUGAGCGGAUAAAUGUGCUGUCAUGGGGCGCUGGGGAUGAGCUCCUGGCUGGUGGUUCGCGCCUCGUUUUAUGGCUCCUCACAGAUGAUCCGCAAAUCAUCUGGACGAAAAGCGUCGCAAACCCGGUGAAGUUUGCGCAAUUCUCCCAUGACGCUAGUUUGAUUGCCUCGACGGGUCAAUACGAUCGUCUGGUCAAGCUAUGGAGACGGCUCACGUUCAGUACCGAGGAAGUCCGGUUCGAAGUCUCCUACCUCCCCCACCCGGACGUUGUAACAAGCAUGCACUGGCGGCAGCCGCAUCAUCCGGAACAGACUAUGGACAAUAUUUUUUAUACGAUAUGCGCGGACAAUAAGAUUCGGGUUUGGGCUCCCAUGGAUCGGACAUGCUCCAAGUCAGCGCUACAGCUUUGGGCGGAGAUUGAUAUGAAUGAUGCAAUUCAGCCGAGACAGCCUCAUAACAGCGAGCUUGCAAAAAGGAGAUAUGGGUUCAUAAUUGACGCGAGGGAUUUUUCUGCUGCUACGGAACGUGCUGUACAGUUAAGGGCUGCAAUGGACCAGGAUAAUCGAGCUCUUGAACAUCUUGUUGAAGUGGCAACUAAGAGUCCGGAGGUGUGUAUCAUCAUGGAUGACAGAGGACAUAUGUCUGCUUGGGGUCUUGAGAAUGUCGGAUGCAAAGCCCGGUCACCAACGAGUGUAUUUAAUAUAACGCAUGUUGAGGGGCUGCAUCUUUCUUUUGCUUCCGGCAUUCCACCGAGCGACGAUUAUGCUCGAUUUUACGGCUUUGCUGGUGGAUUAUCUGAGGGAUCGUUUACGAUUUUAGUCCAUUACUUUGAUGGGAGGAUAGAGUGGCUUGUCUCGAAGGUGGAGGUGUUAUUUGACCCAUCUCCGCGAAAGCAACGGUUGACUUCAAGAGCUGUCUGGUCUGGACAUACGGGCUCCAUCAAGAAGAUCGAGCACGCCGUUGUGAAUGGGGCGAAUGGAUUCCAUCGUCCUCAUAUGCGCCAAUUUUUUGAGACUGGGAUAUGUAAUCCAUCACUCGCCAGUGGUGCCUCAAUGCGCAAAGCAGCUAUCGUCGACCAAGAUCGAACGCGUCUCACUAUAUGGGAUACCUAUGGGGCUCAGCUGGAGUUUGAAGAGAAGUUUCCUCAACAUGAUAUCAUCAAGGAUUUGGAUUGGACGUCAACACCGCAUACACAAUCCAUAUUGUCUGUUGGAUUCCCCCACAAAGUUGUUCUCAUGUCUCAGCUACGAUAUGACUACCUCGAUGCUGGACCAUCGUGGACACAGAUUAGAGAAAUCUCGAUCCGGGAUCUAACACCUCAUCCAAUUGGUGAUUCCUGUUGGCUCGGCAACGGUAAUCUUGUCGUUGGGUCUGGCAAUCAACUGUUUGUCUAUGACAAGCAUAUUGAACUCAGUAACCGGUUGGUUGCCAAUCUUCGACUUCCAGCGCGGCAGAUAUAUGUGGAUCUCUUUGGCGUUGUCAGUCGUUUGAAUGGUACUCUACCAGUGUUUCAUCCGCAGUUUUUGUCACAGUGCAUACUUUCCGGGAAGUCAAAUCUAGUGCAUCUAAUCCUUACAAGUCUCUAUCGAAAGCUUAUCUUUUAUACCGAGGGAGAUGAACUUGAUGGAUUCUUGAAUAUCCCGCUCGAAGAUAUCUAUCAAAAUGAAGAUGCCAUGAAAACGGUCCACUGGAAAGAAAUGCCUUCGUCGUAUGGCGAUUUCACCACUGAUUGUGAAUCUUCUGUUGUGGACGAGACGCUGGGAACCGCACUAAAUGAAAAUUUAAUGCGAGUUGCACUGCCUCAAUUAACAAGUACCGAACAAUUCCGCCUUGUAAACAUCAUUGAGUGUGUAGCAACCGUCGAUAAACAUCGACGGUCAAUGGACGAUAAUGCUGCGCGGUAUCUACUAUUCUUCCGCCAACACGUGUUACGGAGAAGCCAAGGACUUCCUGAGCAACCCACUGUUUCAUGGCGGGAAAUUGUAUGGGCGUUACACAGCGACAGUCAUGAAAUCCUCGUAGAUCUCGUCUCUAGGCAAUAUCAGGGAAAAAUGCUUUGGGAGCAUGCGAAAGAGAGUGGGAUUUUCAUGUGGAUAACAGAUUUAAAUUGUUUGCGAGCUCAACUCGAAGUCGUUGCACGCAAUGAAUAUACCAAAAGCGACGAAAAGAACCCCAUCGACUGUAGUCUUUAUUAUCUAGCACUUAGAAAGAAGAGUGUCCUACAGGGCCUUUGGCGAAUGGCAGGCUGGAAUCGUGAACAGUCUGCCACCCAACGAUUAUUGAGCAAUAAUUUUAAUGAACCGAGGUGGAAAACGGCGGCACUCAAAAACGCGUAUGCAUUGCUCGGAAAACGGAGAUUUCCGUACGCUGCUGCUUUCUUUCUACUGGCAGACCACUUGCGUGAUGCUGUUUAUGUGUGUAUGAAUCAACUGCAAGAUGUGCAGUUGGCUGUAGCGAUUGCACGGGCCUACGAGGGAGAUGAUGGACCGGUACUUAAGGAGAUUCUAGAGGAAAGAGUUCUUGUCGACGCUGCUUCCGAGGGUAACCGAUGGAUGGCUACGUGGGCAUUUUGGUUGCUGAAUCGACGAGAUAUAGCUGUACGGACAUUGAUUUCGCCCAUUGAAACCCUCAUCCAUUCCACUCCAUCCUCCCCCACCAGCCCAGGCACAAUUACCCUACGGGCAAAAUCAUACCUUUCCCACGACCCAGCUCUGGUCAUCCUUUACAAACAACUCCGCGAUAAGACCUUGCAGACGCUGAAAGGUGCGUCCAAAGUUCCUGCAAGAGACGAAUGGGAAUUCGUCCUGCGCAACGCUCGGUUGUAUGACCGUAUGGGCUGCGACCUACUGGGCCUCAACCUUGUGCGCGAAUGGGAGUUCCUUAAACCUCCCCCACCUCUCAAGAAAAAUCAACCUACACCUCUACCACUUACGCUGCCGGAUCUAAGGAAAUUGCUGAAGAGGCGAGGCAGCUUGGUUGUGGCUGAUAUGCCUACUUCACCAUCGCUUCAGGAAGAGUCGAAACAUCCGAUUUCUCCGCACAGUGGAAAGCGCGAAGCACGAACUAUGUUUGAGGAGCCAGAUCCAAACUCUUUGUUGGAUAGUUUUGGUUUUUAA